UGGAGGCUUUUUUUUAAAUAGAUGUCAGUAUCAGUUUAUUAUAAACAGUAAUGCGAAGAUAAGAGCAAAUCCUAACCUUAUUGGGGCUCCUGAAUCCUAACAGAACCAGAUUUGAAGAAAGGAAUGCAGUGAGAAAAGGAAACAAGGUGAGUCCAUAUCAUCUAGGGAAAAUUUGUUGGGAGAUGGAAGCCUGAAGUGCAUUCGGGUUAAUUUAAAGUUGAAGUAGGGUAGGUGGGAAUCAUGGCAGGUCUCUUAAAUGAGUGAUUAAAUCAGAGUAAGGUGUUAACAGAUUUUGGCUGUUUAAGAAAUGUGGUGAGGAAGAGUAAGUAGUAAGCAGUUAGAGUGGCUUUUAGCAUAUUCCCCCCACAUUUUAAAUGUGUACUCCAAUUGUGUAUUUAUAUAGAAAUUGAAAUAACAUUGCUAUCAUCAGUCCGAGUAUUCAGGGUAUUAUUUUAAAAGGGAAAAUUAUGCAGUCAACAUUUUUUAACAGUUUGAUUCAUUCUAAGAGGCCUUAAGAAUGCAAUGCUUAGUAGUUUCCCUUUUGAUUUGUAGAUAUUCCGUUAGAGACAUUUAUAGGUAUAUAUUAAUAGUUCUGGGCUUCCCUGGUGGUUCAGAUGGUAAAGAAUCUGCCUGCAAUGCAGGAGACCUGGAUUUGAACCCUGGGUUGGGAAGAUCCCCUGGAGAAGGGAAUGGCAACCCACUCCAGUAUUCUUGCCUGGAGAUUCCCAUGGACAGGAGCCUAGCAGGGUCCAUGGAGUCACAGAGAGUCAGGCAGGACUGAGUGUCUAACACCAUCACAAUGAUAGUUUUAAUAUAUUCUUCCCUCAUCUUAAAGAUUGGAGCAUCUCGUCCUGAAGACCACAGUUCUAGAAGGCUGUCAAACCAGUCUGGAAUUCAAGGGAGGACACAAGGCCAUGGACCGGGGUAGUGUGGCUUUGGAAAUUGACAAAAAUAGGGUUCACCUGUAAGUGGUAGUGCUUCAGUGGCUUAGUGGAGUCUGACUCUGCGACCCCAUGGACUGUAGCUGGACAGGCUCCUCUGUCCGUGGAAUUUCCCAAGCAAGAAUAUUGGAAUGGGUUGUGAUUUCCUUCUCCAGGGGAUCUUCGGCAUCUAGAGAUCAAACCCACCUCUCCCACACUGGCAGGUGGAUUCCUUACCACUGCACCACCUGGUGGGGACUUUUUUCUACGAGGCAUAGGAUCUAGAUCAUCUCAGUAUCAAGAAUUCCUUCAGUCUGGGCAAUUUUUGAGACUUCUAGCAAGUUUGAUAAAUAGUAUUACAAAGGCAACAAGGAUGCCAAGUAGGGAAAAGGGGGGCAGGGGGAGAGGAGGGCAUGGAGCAGACCUAUGUUAACAGUGACGGCCAAGGUGGGAAGAAGUGCUGAUUUAUGACAAAACCCACUGAAAAAAUAAUUAAUUAAAAAAAAAAAAGAAUAAAAAUAAAAACCAGAGGCGAUGCGGGCGCCCUACCCCACACCAUAGCUGCAGUACCUGCUUUACUGCAGUUCUCUCAGGCGCUGUUGACUGGUCUGAUUUUACUCUUUCUGGCUCUACUUUCUCCUACCAUGCCUCUUAAUAUUCCAGGUCUAUGUAAAUAACGUUCUCCCCUUGUAGGGAUUGCAAAGGAAUUGCUGUGGAGCGUCAACGACCUCUGAUUACUAGGGCGGGGUCUACGAUUCUUCACCCUAGGAGAUCAAAUAACAAGGUGAAACACCUGUGGGCAGGCAGGUGGCCGCGCCGCCCGCUGCGCAUCCGGGGCUGGUGGGCGCGCACGGGGGCUGUGCGUUUCUCCACUCCCCCACCCGCUCUCCGCGAGCCCUUUAAGGCGCCGGCGCGGCGCUUGCGUGUAAGCGCGAGGCGACUACGUGGCCGCACUCACUGGGCGCCCUCCGCCGAGCUGCUGCGUGGCCAUGGACAUAGGCGCCGAUGAGUUCGAGCAGAGCCUCCCUCUGCUGCAGGAGCUCGUCCAGGGCGCGGACUUCGUGGGUCUGGACAUAGAGUUCACGGGCCUGCGUUCUAACCUGUCUGGGCCCCAGCAGAUCAGUCUGUUUGACUUGCCAUCAGAGUGGUAUCUAAAGACCCGUCAGAGUAUUCAGCAAUUCACCAUCUGUCAGAUCGGAUUGUCUGUGUUCUCCAGUAUUGAAGGCGAGUCGAACAAGUAUGUAGCUCAUUCAUGUAACUUCUUCCUCUUCCCUACGACAUUUGGGGUUUUGGACUCAGAGUUCUCUUUCCAGGCUUCCAGUGUUCAGUUUUUGAACCAGUACGGCUUCGACUAUAACAAGUUUCUCAAAAAUGGAAUCCCCUAUAUGAACGAAGAACAGGAGAAGAAAAUUAAGCACAACAUCCUGACUGGGAACUGGAAAGUUCGCAGCUCUCUGGACAAAGACCAGAUCAAGGUGGUGAUUGACGAGGUGACGCGCUGGCUGGACCUGGCAGAGGAAGGGGACUGGAUGACCCUCCCUGGCAUUGCUGGCUUCCAGGCCUUUGAGGUCCAGCUCGUGCUGAGGAAGGCCCUCCCUGACAUCUGGACGGUGCUGAGAGACCAAGGGGUGGUUGUGAAGAAGGUGAGUACACAGCACCGCUGGUAUCUUGAGAACACCUCCUGUGAUCGAGAGAGCUGCUGGAAGGAGAAGAUCCUUCUCUCUGCGAGGGGCUUUUCCGUGUUCUUCCAGAUGCUGGUGAAAGCUCGGAAGCCCUUAGUGGGACACAACAUGAUGAUGGAUCUGCUGCAUCUCCACGAGAAGUUCUUCAGACCUCUCCCAGAAAGCUACGAUGAAUUUAAGCUGAAUAUCCACAACCUAUUUCCUGUUCUCAUUGACACCAAGAAUGUGACAAAGGAUAUCUGGAAGGAACUCAAUUUCCCAAGGGUUUCAAAUCUCUCAGAAGUUUAUGAAGUCCUGAACAGUGACUUGAACCCCACCAAGAACUCUGGGCCGGUGAUCAUUCACGCCAGCAGGUGUGAGAAGUACGUGGAGACCAAGUACCCCCACGAAGCAGCGUACGACGCCUUCCUUUGCGGGUCAGUUCUGUUGAAGGUGGCGCAUCUCCUCCUGUGGCGGGUACACAGCGCUAUUCCCAUCCCCGAGCCCAGCUUCCCCCUCUACCUGGACGUGCUGGCGCCCUACGUGAACCAGGUGAAUCUUAUCCGAGCCGGGGUCCCCAAAAUCAACUUUGCAGGCCCAGACUCCCCCAGCAUCCGCCCCCCCAUCCUCAUCCUCACCGUCAGGAGGUGGCCGGGGGUCAGCGAGCAGCAGGUCUACCGCGAGUUUCAGAACCUCUGCAAGUUCGACGUGAGGAGGCUCACACGGAGCCAGUUCCUGCUCAUGACCAAUAAGUUCAAGGACACGCGGAGCAUCCUGAAGGAGUAUAAGUGCCACCCGACACUGCGAGUCUCCCUGUACCGCUACUGGAGACACUCCCCGAACAUCAACUGCCUGCUACGGGUCUGCGGCAUCGUUACCACCUGGGCCUUCAUCGCGUUUCUCCUGGGAGGAGCUGGCCCCUGAGGGCAGCGAGGCCGCCUGCAGCCCCGUCCCGUCUCCACACGACCCCCAGCAGGGCUGUGUGUUUACCUCACAUCCUCCGUGCAGAUGGAUCGGUCCCGUCCUCACAGGGAACUGUGUUCUGUUUUCAGCGUGAAAAAGUCUGUCAAUAUUAUCACUGAUAAGUCCUUUGUUUGUGGCCCAAACAUUUCUUUCUAUAAAUGACUGAGGGGAAGUCACGUCUCCUGGGCGUUUAAGCUCACAUUCCAGAGUGUCUUCUGAACAGACAGCUAGGCAUCCAGCGGAGUUGGCCGCUGAGCAGGCCAAAGGCUCUGUUAUUUCUGGGAGAGAAAUCAUUAGCCAAUCAGUUGACAGGGAUUUAGGCCUAAGAAAUGGCCCGAGUUUUAGUAAAGGGGAAAAGUAAAGCCAAGUGUCCACAUGCAUAGGUGCUGAUCUGUUUUUAUUUUGAGGUUUCGCUUUGGGGCUUUUUUUUUGUUUUCUGGGUCAAAAGUAGUUUUUAUUGAGGAGAAAAGACCUCAGCCUACAAAUGUGCUACUCGUAGUUAAAAUUUUAUGUGUUUAAGUUGCAGAAUAUAGUAUUUCAUAGGUUAGAAAAGAGAACAGUUAAUAUCAGAAUCAUGGAAAAUGCUAUGCAGAAGAAGUAAAUAGGACAUCGUAUCAUUAGAUUUAUGUAGUUCAGCUCUAGUGAGUAUAAAGGCAGGUUGAUUUUCCUUUUCGUUUAUAUGUUCACUGACUUGGCAAAUAUUUACUGAACUUCUAUAAUGCCUAAGAUACUAGAACAUGUCUUUUGGAUGUUUAUGGUAAUAAUCAUUUAGUUUUUGUUUUUUAACUGUUUCUAUUUAUAAAAUUAUACUUGGCCUCUGAUGUUUUGCUAAGAAGUUUCCCCUCAGAUAAAUAGGGGUAGAGCAGGCUAAGGUUUUAUGACCCAUGUUUGAGAUAAAUAUGAUAAGCCCUAAAGCGUUAAUGUUCACUUUGGAAACAAAGUGACCUGUAGCACAGGUGUGUGCCCCGAGACAGGUAGGAUCAGAUUCUUUUCUUUCCUCAGCAGUGCUGUGCGCUUCACGUGGCUUUAUCGGAAGCUGUUCUCUACUGGGGGUUGAACUCAAGAGCAAAGCCUUGAGCUCUGUGCGAAAGAGGUUUCUUCCUCUGUAAAAGCAGAAGUGUUAGAGAUGGCAGUCACCCAGAAGAAGAGCUGGGGAGAAGCCGUCCCUUGCUGUCCUGGGGUGUGAGUGACACGCUCUGACCGAUGGGCUGCUGUCCCUACAGCCUUCCGGGCAGCUCUUGUGUUCAGACCAGUGAGACGCUUCCCUCGGUCGGGGGAAAAGGGCUUUAUCCAUCUGUCCACACAGCAUCCUAGGGGGAUGUUUUUCUUUCUUUUAUUUGGCCGCACCAGGUCUUAGCUGUGGCAUGAAGGGACUCUCAGUUGGCAGCAUGUGGGAUCUAGUUCCCUGACCAGGGAUCGAACCCAGGCCUCCUGCAUUGAUAGCACUGAGUUUUAGCCACUGGACCACCACGGAAGUCCCGGGGAAUUUUUGUUUUGUUUUUGUCUUCCUGUUGGAUAUUCCUUUGUGUAUGCAACGGAAAAUUCCCACUGUUUAUGGGCUUUUGGGAUCCCAUCUCACGGAUGUGAGCCCUGCAGUCAGUAAGCAAACCUGAGAAGUGAAGACAGACUUCUCAGCUGAGCCUGUACAGUGACCAUGUUGACCUCCCAGGGUCAGGGCCUGAGCACUGAGCUGUCUUAGUUCUGCAGCGAGAGACCCUGUAGUGGUUUUAUCAGACAUUACUCAUUUGCUCAUUUAACUCUUUGUCUCUUCGUAAGUUGUUGCGGAGUCCCUGCUAUGGGCGCCCUCACUCAGUAGGGCCUCCGUGCUGCGGUCAGCAUCCUGCCGUCCGUCCAUCCGUGGGGACCCCAGCUGGCUGCACGGUCUGCUGUCCCUCCUGGAGGAGGCUUUGGUAGUGGGAUCUGAGCUGCUCAACCCAUGACCUCGAUGGGUUUCCGUUUACUAACUUCCCUGAGGCGCCGCGGCUGGAGGUGCCGAGUCCGGGAAGCGCCCUGCUCCUACCACCUCCCGCCCUGUGUCCCCAGACAGAGCCUCGGGGUUUGGGGGGCAGCUCUGGGGCUCUUGUCCCCACUCUCUCCUCAGCUCAGCUGGUUCUUCAUGUCGGGGCCUCUUGUGCCGCCCCUUCCCCAUCAUCAAAGGCAAGAACCAAAGCGAGAAACAGAUAAACCGGAUCCCCUCCCGUCUGUGUGUAUCUCACGUCUCCCUUACCCGCUCAUUUGCUGAGAGACUUCUGUCGUUUCCUUGUCUUGGCCGCGGUGAAUAAUGCUUCAGGAAACGGUGGGUGUGCACAUCUCUCUUUGAUGGUUUGUUUUCAUUUCCUUUGGAUGUAUACCCAGAAGUGGGGCUGCUGGAUCAUAUGGUAGUUUCAUUUUUAAUUUUUUGAGAAACCUCGGCGUUCUCCAUAGUGACUGAACCAGUUUACAGUCCCACCAGCAGUGCACAUGGGUUCCCUUUCCUCCACAUCCUUGCCAACACUCACAACCUGUUGUCUUUCUUGAUAAUAGCCAUUCUUAUAGAGGUGAGUUUAUCUCCUUGUCUCAUUGUGGGUUUGUUUGUUUGAUUUUUUUGGCUGUGCCACUGGCUUGUAGGAUCUUACUUAGUUCACUGAUCAGGGAUUGAACCCAGGCCCUGGCAGUGAAAGCGCCAAGUCCGGAAUCCCAACCCCUGGACCAUCGGGGGAUUCUGUCAUUGUGGGUGGUUUUGAUUUGCAUUUCUCUGACGUGGCUCAGUGGUAAAGUACCCACCUGCCAUGCAGAAGGUGUGGGUUCAACCCCUGGGUCAGGAAAAUCCUCUGGAGAAGGAAAAUCCUCUGGAGAAGGACACUUCCAGUAUCCUUGCCUAGGAAAUCCCGUGGACAGAGGAGAGAGGCAGGCUACAGUCCACGGGGUUGCAAAAGAGUCCGACACAACUUAGCAACUAAACAACAAAAAAAACGACGACAGUUAGUGAUGUUGAGCACUUCUCAUGUACCUGUUGGCCAUUUGAAAGUCUUCGCUGGAAGAAUGUCUAUUUGGUUUCUCUGUCUGUUUUAAAAUUGGACUGUUCGUUCUUUUCUUUAUUGAAUUAUGUCAGUUCUUUAUAUAUUUGGGGGUGUUAACCUCUUAUCAGAUACAGAUUUAUCUCCACUCUCUGAAAGCAGAGCUUUACUAUGAAACCUUCUGAAAGCCCCAAUGGAGCAAAGUAAAGAAGCAGUUACCUGAGGACACAUGUUGCUCGUAAAUGUCCUGAUAGAUGGGGAUAAAGCACAAAUGCUCAGAGACGGUGUGAACCAUAGAGUGGAGUGCUGAGGUGCUAGAGUGUAGCUCCUGGGGGAGGAGCCUGGUGAUGCCAGUCUUGCUCUUGAGGUGACGCUGCCCCUAGGACGUCUCGCUGCAAAACAAAUACUGAACGCUGUCUCUGCUUUUUAUGUUUUUCCAUAAAAAUGAAAAACUUGGUUCCUUUCAGCUAGGAAAAUCAGAUACUAAUGUAGGCCUUUCAUAAAAGCAAAGUGGCUUAAAGCCACGUAAAGCAAAUCUUCAAAAAGUGGGGGAGAUCUGUCCAUGGUUGUGCAGCUAUUUCUCCCAUUCUGUAGGCUGCCUUUUUGUUUUGUUGAUUGUCCAUUUUGCAGCGCAGAAACGUUUAAAUGAGAUGUAGCCCCACGUGUUGAUUUUUUUUCUCUUUGUGCUUUUAGUGUCAUAUCCUAAAAUCAUUGCCAAGAGCAGUGUUGAGAGGCUUCCUCCUCAUAUUUUCUCCUGGGAAUUUGAUAGUUUCAGGUCUUAGGUUUAAGUCUGACCUCCUUCGAGUUUCUUUUUGUGUGUGGUGUAAGAUAAGGGAUUCAUUUCAUUUUUCUGUUGUAUUUAGUUUUCCUAACACUAUUUGUUGAGACAACCCUUUCCCCAUUAUAUGUUCUUGGCUCCCUUAACAAAUAUUAGUUGACCAUAUUAUAAGAUCUUAAUUUUAUCUUUAUCAUUCAUUAUAAGAAUUCAUGCAAGUCCUCUAGAAUGUUUUAUGUAGUUAAGAAGGGUAAGGAACUUUCCUGGCGAUCCAGUGGUUAAAACUCUGUGCUUCCACUGCAGGGGGCCCAGGUUCGAUCCCUGAUCAGGGCACUAAGAUCCCGCAUGGCACAGCCAAAAAAGGGGGGAAAAAAACAAAUUAGUGAAUACUUAUAGAUGGACAUUUCUUACAACUUCAUAUCUGUAGGACUUCACUGGGUACCCUCCCUACUCCUUGCAGCAAUAUAACUGCUGUGGAAACAGAACUAGCAUUCUUACGGGUCUGAGCAGACAGGGAUCCCCAUGAGAGUUGGGGAUGAGAAGGCAGGGGACUAAUGUACAACCAGAACUGUGGGCUUAUUUGGGCAUGUAGAGUCUUACUUACCUGAAGGCCUGAAAACUCCACUUUCUACUCCUGGAAGAAAUGAGCUAGUCUUACCUUUAAGAUUGCCACAUGUUAGUUUUGAUCCAUAUACUCUGCUUUUGUGUCCUCUGAUAAAUACAAUGUGUGAAAUUUCUAA